AUGGGGAAGAAGAGAAAAACAAAGGAUUUAUCAAUUGCAAUAGCAGAAUCAUCUUCAACAGAGCAUACACAGACUCCAAGAAAAAGGGGAAGGCCAAGGAAAUACACUACAGAAAAGAAUGAAGAGCCAAAAAUAACAGAACAAUUUGAUGAAGAAGAAAGAGGAGAAGAAUUGGAAAAGGAGAUGAAAUUGCAAGAAAUUGAAGAAAAAGUGGGGCCAUCAUCAAAAGAGGGUGAAUUUGGAGAUCACAAAGGAUUAUCAGAGCAAGAGGCUCCAAGAAAGAGCAGAGCUAAGAAGAAAAGUAAGCCCAGAAAGAGCCGCUGA